UUAUACUAUAAAUAAUCUCAAAUAGACGAAAAGUAUCUUCGUUACAGGAAAGAAAUGAAACGUGAUGCGAUAUGCACGAGGUUGCAUUCGACAGAUUUGCAAUAAAUAAAUAUUUUCUACAUUACCAAGUGCUUCAUAUUCAAGCUUAUAGUGAUCAUUGAGACGAAUUCCUUUACAUAACCUCAAUCACACCCACGUUGGUUGACUAGUUCUACUCGGCGCUACUCAAAAUGAAUUCCAUCAUGGAUAGCCCGGGUUCUAAAGCUCUCGAAGCCGCUAAAAAUAUCAAGGACUUGACUGUAUUCAAAAAACCUAUCGGAUCCGUCAAGAGGAGCAAAAAUGUACAACCAAAGAUUUUAGAUGAAGAUACAUAUAUUGAAAAAAUGAGUGACAUUAUACAAAAAGAUUUCUUUCCGCACUUGGAAAAGCUACAGGCACAAAAUCAGUAUUUGGAAGCUUUAGAGCAGAACGAUAUGAACAGAAUGAGAGAGUUGUACGCAAAGUAUAGCUCUGGCCGACCUAUCACUGAAAGACCGAUCAGUCCAGCGACUUUCGAAACUCCGCUGCGUAGAACUGAGUCAGCCGAAUCGCCGCCUACCACUGAGGCAUCGUCCCAAAAAACAGACGUCGUCGAGUCCGUAAAUAGAGAUGGUACUGAAAGUAAGAUCGGCCUCGAUGAUUAUUUGAGUAAUCAUACUAGCGAGGAUAAUGCUAGUUUCGAAGAGAUGAUGAUUGAGGCUGAAAAUAAACGUAAGCUCAAGUAUGCCUGGCUUUACGAGGCAGAAGACAAGUCGAAAGCUUGGCUAGCUAUCGACGGAUCCUCCACCACCACCACACCUGAUGUCCCAGCUAUCCAAGGAUCCAAUCCCAGACCCAAACAGGUGGAUAGUUGGACUUACAAAAAUAAAAAUUAUAUUAUGUACAUUCCCGAUGGAGUGGAACUUACGGCGGGAGAGAAAAUAGAAUUGGCCAAGAAGAAACAAACUAUAAUGCACGAAAAUACGAGGUUGCGAACAAAUCCGUUUAACGAGCAACAAAAUAAAGAGACCAUCGACGAACUCGCCAAGUCACAAUCCAGAGCUAACGACGGCAAGAUUGGUGUGGAUGGCAAAGAGGUUGUCAGAAAUGCUACGCCACGAGUGAAUGGUUUUAGUUUCGUGGCUACGCCAAGUCCGAGACCGGGAGAAUGCGAAAGCCCGUUGAUGACAUGGGGUCAGAUCGAGGGGACACCCUUCCGAUUGGACGGUGGUGACACACCAUUGCUAAGGACAAGUCAGGGACCCUCUUUCAGAAUAGCGGAACCACCGAAAAGAGAACAAUUGGCAUUGCAGUUGGCUGAGAAGGCUGGCGAGAGGCACAGGGAUCGAAAAAAUAAAGCCUUGGAAGCUGCCAGGAGAUCAUUAGCCACUCCAUCACCGAGAUCAACCAUAGAUCGGCUGAGCACUAUGUCUCCCGCGGCAAGAAGACUAGCGACUCAGAAACUGCGCAUAUCGAAUACGCCAUCUCCUCGACGGACGCCAUCGUCUAGGACUCCAUCCGUAGGAAGUCUCAGAACACCUAAUACGCCACGUGCGAACGUGCUGGCUAAAGAAAUCAUCUCUCAAAAGUCGGAAAUUAAUGCCACGCGGAUACAAGGACCCGUACUCACCGAUAAUUUACUUAAUCUACCUCCGCAGCGACAACGGGCGUCAGAUUUCUUCAAUAAAUGAGAAAUUGUUAUAUGCUAUCUGAAAAUUGUAUGUAGAAAGAUCGCGCGCGUGAGAUUGUAUAUAGCACAUCGAUCGAAUUUGCUUAUUUACAAUUAAUC